CCUGAGCGACGGGCGUGUGAGCCAAUAGAAUCGGGCUCUGAAGGCGGGACUUCCGGCCCCGACUGGCGAGCCUUAGGCGGCGGAGAAGAAGAGCGGCCGGGCGCUGCCGCCAUGAUCAAGAAGUUCGACAAGAAGGACGAGGAGUCCGGUAGUGGCUCCAACCCCUUCCAACAUUUGGAGAAGAGUAGCAUCCUCCAGGAGGCUCGGAUCUUUAACGAGACCCCCAUAAAUCCAAGAAGAUGCCUGCAUAUACUUACCAAGAUCCUUUACCUGCUGAACCAGGGUGAACAUUUUGGAACAACGGAGGCCACCGAAGCCUUCUUCGCCAUGACGAGGUUGUUUCAGUCAAACGAUCAAACUUUAAGGAGAAUGUGCUACCUGACAAUCAAGGAGAUGGCCAACAUAUCAGAGGAUGUCAUCAUCGUCACCAGCAGCCUAACUAAAGACAUGACAGGCAAAGAGGAUGUCUAUCGGGGCCCUGCCAUUCGAGCACUCUGUAGGAUCACGGAUGGGACGAUGCUGCAGGCCAUUGAGCGGUACAUGAAACAGGCCAUUGUGGACAAAGUCUCCAGUGUCUCCAGUUCGGCCCUGGUGUCUUCCUUGCACAUGAUGAAAAUCAACUAUGAUGUGGUCAAGCGGUGGAUCAAUGAAGCCCAGGAGGCUGCUUCUAGUGACAAUAUCAUGGUGCAGUACCAUGCUUUAGGGUUGCUGUACCACCUUCGGAAGAACGACCGCCUCGCCGUCUCCAAAAUGCUGAAUAAGUUCACCAAAUCCGUAUUGAAGUCCCAGUUUGCCUACUGUAUGCUGAUUCGGAUUGCCAGCCGCCUCCUGAAGGAGUCUGAGGAGGGGCACGACAGCCCGCUCUUUGACUUCAUUGAAAGCUGCCUGCGAAACAAGCACGAGAUGGUCAUUUACGAGGCCGCCUCGGCCAUCAUCCACCUGCCAAACUGCACCGCCCGGGAGCUGGCACCGGCUGUCUCAGUGCUUCAGCUCUUCUGCAGCUCUCCCAAGCCUGUCCUACGAUAUGCCGCCGUGAGGACCUUGAACAAGGUGGCCAUGAAGCACCCCUCGGCCGUCACCGCCUGCAACCUGGACCUGGAGAACCUGAUCACCGACUCGAACCGCAGCAUCGCCACCCUGGCCAUCACCACCCUCCUGAAGACCGGAAGCGAGAGCAGCGUGGACCGGCUCAUGAAGCAGAUCUCCUCCUUUGUCUCUGAGAUAUCGGAUGAAUUCAAGGUGGUGGUCGUCCAAGCCAUCAGCGCUUUGUGCCAGAAGUACCCGCGGAAACACAGUGUGAUGAUGACCUUCCUGUCCAACAUGCUUCGCGAUGAUGGUGGCUUUGAGUACAAGCGGGCCAUCGUCGACUGCAUCAUCAGCAUCAUCGAGGAGAACCCGGAGAGCAAGGAGGCCGGCCUGGCCCACCUCUGUGAGUUCAUCGAGGACUGCGAGCACACGGUGCUGGCCACCAAGAUCCUCCACCUCCUCGGCAAGGAGGGGCCCCGGACCCCCUCCCCGUCCAAGUACAUCCGCUUCAUCUUUAACCGGGUCGUGCUGGAGAACGAAGCGGUCCGGGCAGCGGCCGUCAGCGCGCUGGCCAAGUUCGGGGCCCAGAACGAGAGCCUGCUUCCCAGCGUCCUCGUGCUCUUGCAGAGGUGCAUGAUGGACAGUGACGAUGAAGUCCGCGACCGAGCCACCUUCUACCUGAACGUCCUGCAGCAGAGGCAGCUGGCUCUCAACGCCGCCUACAUCUUCAACGGUCUGACCGUCUCCAUCCCAGGGAUGGAAAAGGCGCUGCACCAGUACACGCUGGAGCCUUCGGAGAAGCCCUUCGACAUGCGGUCCGUGCCGCUGGCCACUGCCCCCAUCUUUGAGCAGAAAUCGGAAAUCGCCCUGGUGGUCAGCAAGCCCGAGAAAGUGGCUCCUUCCCGGCAUGACAUCUUCCAAGAACAAUUGGCAGCCAUUCCCGAGUUCAAGAACCUGGGCCCGCUCUUCAAGUCGUCCGAGCCUGUCCAGUUAACCGAGGCCGAGACCGAGUAUUUUGUUCGGUGCAUCAAGCACGUCUUCUCAAACCACAUCGUCUUCCAGUUCGAUUGCACCAACACCCUCAACGACCAGCUACUGGAGAAGGUGAUUGUGCAGAUGGAGCCCUCGGAAGCCUUCGACGUGCUCCGUUGCCUCCCGGCCCCGAGCCUCCCCUACAACCAGCCUGGCAUGUGCUACACGCUUGUCCAUCUCCCCCUCGAAGACCCCACUGCAGGUGCCUGCACCUUCAGCUGCACCAUGAAAUUCACCGUGCGGGAUUGCGACCCCAACAGCGGAGUCCCCGACGAGGACGGGUAUGACGACGAAUACGUGCUGGAAGAUCUGGAGCUGACGCUCUCCGACCACAUUCAGAAGGUCCUGAAGCCCAACUUCGCCGCCGCCUGGGAGGAAGUGGGAGACGACUACGAGAAAGAGGAGACCUUUGCACUCAGCAGCAUUAAAACCCUGGAGGAAGCCGUGAACAACAUUGUGAAGUUCCUCGGCAUGCAGCCUUGUGAGAGAUCCGACAAAGUGCCGGAGAACAAGAAUUCCCACACCCUCUACCUGGCUGGCGUUUACAGGGGCGGCUUAGAUGUGCUGGUCAGGGCGAGGCUGGCCCUGAGCGAUGGCGUGACCAUGCAGGUAACCGUCCGAAGCAUCGCUGAGGCCCCUGGGGACGUCAUCUUGGCUUCCGUCGGUUAAGAGUCCCGACCGCUCAAGACGGAGCCCCCACCCCUGCCAUGUCCCGUUCCGAAAAGGCACUCCGGGCUCUGCAUGUCUGUUUUCCCUCCUCCUGCUCAGUGGAUUGUGGGGCUGCGUGGCGACUGGUCAAGCAGCUGCCGUCGCUGCUUCUCUUCCACACGGCCGGGGCAAAACUGUGGGGACCCCCACCACCUUCAGCUUCUCCUCAACA